CUGUAAGCACCCUGCUAAGCAGAGAAAUGCUGUGCGCAGUGUGGUCUGAUCAGCUGCUACAAGGACCAAUUGUUCAUACCCUGAGAGGAAAGGCACAUGUCAGCCUGUCCCUGCUCCCCUCCUCCAAAUCCCUGGAGUAGCAAUUAGAGUGCCCUGUUUCAGCAUCUCUCCCAUAUCCAUUGUCUGCAGGAGACCCGAGCUGAGGCUUGCCACAGCCGCCUAGCUCUUCGCUGUUGGAUGUUUUCUGCUGGUGUUGCUCCGGAUUAAAGUCGUCGUGAGGGUGCACUGCAUUUAUUGGGUUAAACCAGUGUUCCUCCUCUCUGCUGGGUCUGCCUGCUCAGGAAUGAUGCGAGCUUUAGGGAAUCCAAGUUGCUGGCUCAUCUGCUGGCUCUCUGUCUUAUGUUAGGAGGAAGCAUCUUCAUUGGGAUCACAGGAGCUUUCUGAGAGCAGAGAGGGAGAUGGACUGAUUGUGUUCCCACCAACAUGGAGUUAAUAGUGGGCAUAAUCUGCGUUAUUGUUUGCCUCAAGACAGUUUCAGGGUUUGGUGUUGACCCCUCCCUGCAGAUUGACAUCCUAGAGGAGCUCCAGCUGGGGGAAGCCACUCCUGGAGUGCAGCAGGUUCCAGGACUUCACAACAGAAGCAAAGCCUUCCUCUUUCAAGAUGGUUCAAGAAGUUUAAAAGCGUCAACAGCCACAUCAGAAAGGCUUCUUCAGAAACUGAAGAAUAAACAUGAAUUUACUAUUUUGUUGACUUUAAAGCAGGCGGCUUUAAAUUCAGGUGUUAUCCUUUCUAUUCAUCAUUCGGAUCACAGGUAUCUUGAGCUAGAAAGUAGUGGCCAUCGAAAUGAGGUCCGAUUGCACUACCGCUCAGGGAAUCAUCGGUCACAAACAGAAGUUUUCCCAUACAUUCUGGCAGACGACAAAUGGCAUAGAUUUUCCUUGGCAAUCAGUGCAUCACACCUGGUUUUACAUGUGGAUUGUAACAAGAUUUAUGAGAGAAUUGUGGAGAAGCCAUACAUGGAUAUUCCAUCAGGCACAUCAUUAUGGGUUGGACAAAGAAAUAUUGCACACGGUUAUUUUAAGGGAAUCAUGCAAGAUCUGCAGAUUGUUAUCAUGCCACAAGGAUUCAUCUCUCAGUGCCCGGAUUUAAAUCGCACAUGUCCGACAUGUAAUGACUUCCAUGGGUUAGUACAGAAAAUUAUGGAGCUUCAAGAUAUCUUGGCAAAAACAUCUGCAAAGCUGUCAAGAGCCGAGCAGAGGAUGAAUAGGCUAGAUCAAUGUUAUUGCGAGAGAUCCUGCACUGUAAAGGGCAGCAUAUACAGAGAGCUGGAGACCUGGACAGACGGCUGUAAGAAGUGUACAUGCAUGAAUGGCACUGUUCAGUGUGAAACAUUAAUAUGCACAGAACCGACUUGUCCAGCUUAUUCUGCACCUGCAUUUGUUCCUGGCAAAUGUUGUAAAGAAUGCCAAUCUGUAUGUGUUUAUCAAGGACAGCUCUAUUUUGUAGAAGAGAAUCAAGCAGUCUAUUCUAGUUCUGGAGUCUGUGCACUGUUCCAAUGCAAGAGCAAUAAAAUGCAACGCACAGAAUAUCCGGAAUGCUUGCCCUUGGCCUGUCCACAAUCACAGCAAAUCACUUUGAAGCACAGCUGUUGCAAAGUUUGUAAAGGUUAUGACUUCUGUUCAGAAGGACAUUCUUGCAUGGAAUACUCUGUCUGCAAAAACCUAGAUGACAAAGCUGUUUGCAUCUGUCGUGAUGGCUUCCGGGCUCUUAGAGAAGACAAUGCAUACUGUGAAGAUAUUGAUGAGUGUGCCGAAGGUCGCCAUUACUGCCGGGAGAACACACUGUGUGUGAAUACACCAGGAUCUUUCAUGUGCAUUUGCCAAACAGGCUACAUCAAAAUUGAUGACUAUUCCUGCACAGAACACAAUGAGUGUGCAACAAAGCAGCAUAGCUGUGAUGAAAAUGCAUUGUGUUUCAAUACAGUGGGUGGGCACCACUGUAUCUGUCAGCCAGGAUACACAGGAAAUGGCACUAUAUGCAAAGCUUUUUGCAAGAAUGCCUGCAGGAAUGGAGGGACUUGUAUUGCUCCUAAUAUGUGCGCAUGUCCACAAGGAUUCACGGGACCAAGCUGCGAAACAGACAUUGAUGAAUGUGCUGAAGGAUUUGUUCAAUGUGACAGCCGUGCUAACUGCAUUAACCUACCAGGCUGGUACCACUGUGAAUGCAGAGACGGCUACCAUGACAAUGGGAUGUUCUCUCUGGGGGGAGAGUCAUGUGAAGACAUUGAUGAAUGUAGUACUGGAAGACACAGUUGCAGUAAUGAUACCGUUUGCUUCAAUUUGGAUGGUGGGUUUGAUUGUCGUUGUCCACAUGGGAAAAACUGUUCUGGUGAUUGUAUACAUGAUGGUAAAAUCAAGCAUAAUGGGCAAAUUUGGGUGCUGGAGAACGAUCGCUGCUCAGUCUGCUCAUGUCAGGUUGGGCUAGUAAUGUGUCGUCGUAUGGUUUGUGACUGUGAAAAUCCAACCGUUGACUUGUUUUGCUGUCCGGAAUGUGACCCACGACUCAGCAGCCAAUGCUUGCACCAAAGUGGAGACAUUGCAUAUAAAAGCGGAGACACCUGGGUGCAGAACUGUCAGCAGUGCAGAUGCUUGCAAGGAGAAGUUGAUUGCUGGCCUCUGCCUUGUCCGGAAGUUGACUGUGAAUUUAGUGUGGUUCCUGAGAGCGAAUGCUGUCCCAGAUGCAUCAAUGACCCCUGCCAAGCUGACAUAAUCCGCAAUGACAUCACCAAGACUUGUGUUGAUGAAACAAAUGUGGUUCGCUUUACAGGCUCUUCUUGGAUUAAACACGGCACAGAGUGCACCCUCUGUCAAUGCAAGAACGGCCAUAUGUGUUGCUCCGUGGAUCCACAGUGUCUUCAGGAGCUGUGAUGUACAAGCCUUAUAGAAGGUUCAUGGGUUAAGAAUGUUUUUUUUCUCACAAAUCAAGACCUGACACCAAAAAAUUUAAUUAGAACUAAAGUAAUAUAUUGUGCAAACCAAUCUCCCUCUUCACGGAGGAUAAAAACAAAAUAUGAAGGCUUUGGGGAACUCCAAAACAUAACUUCUUUUGUUUUUGUUAAACUUGAGGCCAAAUAUAUGUCAGUUGCCGAUGACCUUUUUGUGCAGAAUGCCUACACAGAAUCUGGAACAUACCAUAUUUUUUGAAUAAGGGUAUCAACAAAUAAUAAACAUACUAAUCAAACGGAACUGUACAUGUUUAAGGAUGAAACUAAGCAACUUCGCUUCAGAUUUUAUGAAUGACAUUGAAAACCAUGGAAUAUCCUGAACAUAGAAAUAUAUACACCAAUAUUAAUACUUGUACAUAUGAAAGCAGAACAUAUAAUGUUCCACUGCUCUGUCCACUAGUUCCUAGAACAUGAACUACAGUGGCCAUAUUUGUUUGAUCUUUGUUUUAUAAAAAAAAAAAACAACUACAUAUCACGCUCCAUCACCUGCACAUAUUUUUCUCACUGAUCUUCUUGAAUAUUUUAUUACAUAUUGUAGAAAGUGUUUUUGCUAAAGGAAAAAAAAAGGUUUACAAUAUAUAAAAGUGUUAUGGGCACCUCCUAUUCUUUGGUAAGCAUUAUUAUCAAAAUCAGAUAUUUUAUGUAUUGGCAUGGUAACAAAUGUGUUUUGAAGGGAAAAGCUACAAUCCAUGGUUUAUUUUCUUGCACUUAUUAUUUCUUGAUUGAAUUUGUUUAGUAUAAUCGUGUUAUUGUGCAGAUUUAAAUAAAUGUUUCUCUUACA